AUGCCUGUGCGACAGAAAGACGCUCAGCGAGCCCUGGAGCUCCUCCAGCAGUAUCGGGCCAAACUCGACCAGAGGCAGCAGAGCCAGAGCCGGACCGGACAGGGCCACGUGGAGGAAGAUUCCCAGCUGCAGCAGUCUCUGGACAGAGUCAUCAAUGUCUUCCAAAGUCAGCUCUUUAGCGCUCUGCUUGACAUUCAGGAGUACUACGAGUUGACCAUCCUUGCCGACAGCAAGAGUUCUGUUGACCAGAUAGACGGUCAACUGAACGUCAUUGCCUCUAGCGACCCGCUAACAGAGCUCCCAUCCCAGCCACAGCUCUCCUCUGGUCCCCUUAGCCCCCAGUCUUCUGGAGGAUCACCCCCGCCAAAACCCCUGUCCCCCAAACCAAAGUCAGUCAAGUCCCAUGCUGCUCCACUCCCAUCCGAGAGACCCACAUCAAAGCCGUCUUCCCCUACAACGCAGUCCGUUUCGCCUCAGUCCCCGCCAGGCAAGGUCAAGUAUCGUGCUCCUCCGCCUCCUGUCCAACCUGGAGCCUCCAAAUCAUUGGCAUCAGAGACUCCUGUGCCUUCAUCUCCCUCUAAUGCCCCAUCAUCCCCCGGAGUCACAGUGAGUGGUGUAGGAACCCCCACCGGCUCCAUAAAAAAGCCUCCUAGAGCAUCGCUGAAUGGAACAAAGCCACACCUUAUUGCCACCAACUCUAAUGCUUCCUCAGAAAGCUCUGUCAGCUCAGCCAACCGACAAAGUGACUCUGUCUCUCCAGACCCCAACCUGGUGACCGUCUCAGCCCUCAUCUCCGGCACCAUCCAGGGCUUUGUGUUUUCACCCACUCCAGACAAUCUUACCCCCACCAGCACCACUCCCAGCACCAGCCCAGGUCUCAACAGAUUCACAGACGCUACUAUAGUCUCUACAGCUCUUCCGACCAGCGAGGACCCAGGCAUAAGCAAAGUCACUCACAGCACGAGUCCAACGAGCCCCAACCGGGGAAAAUUCACCUUCAGCAGCCGCAGCCCCACAGGUCCUCCAGGGCCUUUGACUAUAGGGCCUCAUCUGAGUCCAACCAGCCCCGGGCCAGUAAAAGUCACCUCCACUAGCCCUAGCCAUGGGCCAGCCAGCCCCAGGACAGCUACAAGCCCAGUGACCCCCAACAAGGCCAACCCCCCUCCAGUGGUGGUCAACACCGACAGCGUCGACACCCCCCCAUAUGUCAAUGGAACAGAAGCAGACUAUGAAUAUGAGGAAAUCACGCUGGAGCGGGGUAACUCAGGUCUGGGCUUCAGUAUCGCAGGAGGGACUGAUAACCCUCAUAUCGGAGAAGACCCCUCUAUCUUCAUCACCAAGAUUAUACCUGGAGGGGCCGCCGCCCAGAAUGGACGACUCAGGGUGAAUGACUGUAUAGUGCGGGUAAAUGACACAGACGUCAGGGACGUGACGCACAGCGGGGCGGUGGAGGCGCUGAAGGAUGCCGGCGGUCUGGUCCGACUAUGCAUACGACGCAGGAAAAGCCUCUCAGAGAGAGUCAUGGAUAUCAAGCUGGUCAAAGGACCCAAAGGUUUAGGAUUCAGUAUAGCAGGUGGAGUUGGAAACCAACAUGUCCCAGGAGACAACGGUAUAUACGUGACUAAGAUCAUCGAGGGAGGGGCUGCACACAAAGACGGACGGCUACAGAUAGGGGACAAACUCAUGGCUGUGAACGCCUCCAAUUUGGAGGAGGUCACUCAUGAGGAUGCAGUGGCCGCCCUGAAGUCCACUCCUGACGUUGUUUACCUCCGCGUGGCCAAACACACCUCCCUUUUUAUCAAUGACAACUUCCCUCCGCCCGACGUCACUAAUUCGUACUCCCCACAUCAAGACAACCAUAUAAGCCCCUACAUGAGCGGCAGCCAGUCUGUAAGCCCCGCCCCUUUGACCACGCCCAGAUACUCACCUCUGCCCAGGGCCAUGACCGGAGACGACGACGUCACCAGGGAUCCCAGGCGGGUGGUGCUCCAGCGGGGGUCCACAGGUCUUGGUUUUAACAUUGUUGGAGGGGAAGAUGGAGAGGGAAUCUUCAUCUCCUUCAUUCUUGCCGGAGGUCCAGCUGAUCUCUGUGGGGAGCUACGGAAGGGAGACCGCAUCCUGUCGGUGAACGGCGUGGACCUGUCCAGUGCAACCCAUGAGCAGGCAGCCGCAGCUCUGAAGAAUGCAGGACAGACCGUUACCAUAGUAGCGCAGUACAGACCGGAGGAGUACAGUCGUUUCGAGGCGAAGAUCCAUGACCUGAGGGAACAGAUGAUGACCAGCAGUGUCAGCUCCAGCUCCACGUCGCUCCGCUCCACACAGAAACGCACACUAUACGUCAGAGCGUUGUUCGACUACGACGGAAGCGCGUCAGAUCUGAGCACGCCCAAUCAGCCCCUGCCAUUCCACUUCGGGGAUGUCCUCCACGUGAGCAGCGCUGGCGAAGAGGAGUGGUGGCCCGCCCGCCACCUCAGCCCACCGCCUCCAAACUGCCCUGAAGUCGGAGUCAUUCCCAGCCGCAGGAGGGCAGAGAAAAAGGAAAGGUCGAGGUUAAAGGCGGUCAGAGUGUCGAGGUCACAGGACAGAUCAGAUCAGGAUGAUAAAGAGCUGGUAACCUCUGGCACCAGCGAUAGUGAGAGUAGUUCCUCUGGCCAGGAGGAGAUCUUACUCACUUACCAACCUGUCAUGCAGCAAGAGGUAAAUUACACGCGGCCAGUCAUCGUGCUUGGACCAAUGAAAGAUCGGAUCAACGAUGACCUCAUCUCCGAGUUCCCUGACAAGUUUGGCUCCUGUGUCCCACACACAACGCGGCCGCGGCGAGACUACGAGGUGGACGGCAGAGAUUACCACUUCAUGUCCUCCAGGGAGCUCAUGGAGCAAGAGAUCCAGGAACACAAGUUCAUAGAGGCCGGACAGUAUAACAACCAUCUGUAUGGAACCAGCAUACAGUCGGUCAAAGAAGUCGCUGACAAGGGUAAACACUGUAUACUGGAUGUAUCAGGGAAUGCGAUAAAGCGUCUCCAGUUGGCAGGCCUCCAUCCCAUCGCUGUCUUCAUUAGACCAAGCAAUGUCGACAACAUACUAGAGAUGAACAAGCGUUUCACUGAGGAGCAGGCGAGGAAGACCUUCGACAGAGCUGUCAAACUGGAGCAGGAGUUCACAGAGUUCUUCACCGCUAUUGUCCAGGGCUCGACUCUAGAGGAAGUGUAUACGCAGGUGAAGCAGAUUAUUGAGGAGCAGUCCGGUCCUUACAUCUGGGUGCCCACCAAGGAGCGACUUUGAAAAAAACACACACAUACUACAUAAUCACACACAUCACUCUUUCAACACUUCCUCUAAUUUUCUAUU